AUGAAGGAUCUUCAUUCAACAGCUUUCCCUUCCCGUCACACCAGUCAAUGCGACUCCUGCAUUUUCCAGCACCAUUCUCUGCGCAGUCCAGACUUUAGUCAAGCCUUCAUUGGUGGGCAGAAAGGCUACCAGGCCUACCGGGACCUACCAUGGGAUCUUCAAAAAAUUCAUCAGUCAGCCAUCAAAAUAAGACAUCUUGAGCCCUGGAAAAUUGCAGUAAUUGUUAUUGGAACAGCAGUGGCAGCAGCUAUUACCAUUGGUCUCCUAGUUUAUUUUCUGGCAUAUGAUCAGAAGCUGUUCUAUUACAGUGCCAAUGUAAAAAUCACCAACAUCCGAUACAAUAAUGAAUUUUCCAGACAAUCCUCAGGAAGGUUUAGAGACCUGAGCGAGAGGGUUGAGAGACUGAUCGACAAGACAUUUUACAAUUCCAUUUUAAGGAAAAAAUACAUCCGUUCACGCUUAAUCAGAGUGAGCCCAGAUACUGAUGGUGUGAUGGCAGAGGCUUUGCUCACAUUCUGGUUCUCCUCUACGGAUUCUAGAGAAGCAUUGCGGGAAAGAGUUGGAAGGAUCUUACGGAGGGGCCUGAAAAAAUACACAGGGCCUCUGCGAAUAAAUGUCCGAUCUUCUACCAUCUCAAAUGUGGAUCCAAUCAGAGCAGAAGCCAUUUUCAAUGACAUCUGUGGGUUACGGCAGAAUAGAUCAGUCAAGUCAAUGGCAAAAUCCUCAUCACUGCGAAUCGUUGGCGGAUUGUCUUCUGCAGAGACCGGGGAUUGGCCCUGGCAGGCCAGUUUGCAGUACAAUAACAUCCAUCGCUGUGGUGCAACACUCAUCAGCAACACAUGGCUGGUGUCUGCAGCUCACUGCUUCAGAGACAUGACUCACCCUCAGAAGUGGACUGCUACAUUUGGAGCUCUUUUGAAGCCACCAAGCUUGAAGCGAUCAGUCAAGAGAAUUAUUAUCCAUGAGAAUUACCUCUACCCAGAACAUGACUAUGACAUUGCGCUUGUGCAGCUUUCCAAACGAGUUGAGUUCACGAGCAGCAUACACCGUGUCUGUCUGCCAGAGCCAUCUCAGACUUUUCCCUACAAUAUUUACGCUGUCAUCACAGGCUGGGGAGCUCUCACCAAUGAUGGUCCAGCCCCAAAUGCUCUUCAGGAGGCAACAGUGAAACUUAUUGACUCAGACACUUGUAACAGAGAAGAAGUGUAUGAUGGGGACAUAACACCCAGGAUGUUGUGUGCGGGAUACUUGGAAGGAGGAGUAGAUGCUUGUCAGGGGGACUCUGGGGGACCACUUGUUACUCCAGACUCUAGACUGAUGUGGUACCUCGUGGGAAUAGUGAGCUGGGGAGAUGAAUGUGCCAAGCCAAAUAAACCUGGAGUUUACACACGAGUGACUUAUUUCCGUGACUGGAUUACCACAAAAACAGGCAUCUAAUUCUAAAGUAAAAAAUGGAUUUUACUACAUAGACUACAUGUAACUCAUAUUUAUCUGUAAUUCUGAAAAGUUAUUUUUUUAGUAUACAUAUCCCUAUAUAAUUUUGGUUGAAGCAACCUUGGUCUACAGCAAGCGCUAUCUUUGCUGUCAAAGACCCUAAU